GAGGAGUUGAUGUGGUGCUGGCACUGAAAUGAACGCUGUAUGCGGGUUGCCUCUCUCUCUCUCUCUCUCUCGUCAAGAUCAUCCAUGGAAGAAGCCAAGGACGAUGUCCACCUCAUCCGCCUCGCGAUUGAACGACUAAUGGAGGAGAAGAAGAACUACAGCGCCAAUGACUCCGGCGAUGACUUCGUCGCCGACGACGAUGACGGCCGUCUUCUCCAAAGGUUACUUUCCCAGUUGGAAUCAUUAAAACGAGAGAGCAGUGUGCUUACGGAACCUGAACCAUCUGCCGGACCAAAGGAGACACCUUCUGCAGUUCAAAAGAAGGAUGUGAAGAGUAAUACUGCAGAUAAAUUGGAUGAUAGUAACACUGAAAUUGGAGCAGAAGAGAUAGUGAAAGAGCUUAAAAAGGUCAAGAGACAGAAUUCUAUUACCCACUGGCUUCUUUCAACCAUGCUUCUCCUCACAUUUGCUUGGCAACUAUCAGAAAUCACCCUCAUUUUGAAAGUUAAAAAUGGAUUGAGCCACCCAUUUAAAUCUUUCGGAGGUAUGCUCUUUGGGAUGCUGAAAGGCCCUGGUAUAAAUGGCCAGGAUUCAGAGAAACAGUCCUCAACUACAAAGCAACUCCACAUCGAAGCCCCUUCGCCCCUGCCUAUUGAAAUUCCUGAGCUUCCCCAGGUGGAUAUACCGGUUUUGGGUUUAAAUGUAAAAGACAACUAAGAUCGCCUUCCGAUGUUUUUGUUUGAAAUGAGUUCAAGAUAGAUAGAUCAUUGGUUAUAAAUUUUAACUUAGGCAAGUAUGAUGCCUGCUUGGAUUUUGUAAUGGUUGGAGGGAGGAAGCGUAAACCUAUUUGCUCUCCUAAAUUCCUCAAUAUUCUUUUUGCAUUCCUUUCAGAAGAAAUGCAUGAACCACAUUCUGCAUAAUUUAAAAGCUGACCUUGAAGGAGAAA